CGCCCUGCUGCUGCUUUCACCUCUCCAUUCCACCCCCUGCGAGCCGGCAACAGCGAUUGAUCCGGCGGUCGAGCGCCAAUGCAGCACCCAGGACGAUGAGGACGCUCCAUCGCCACCGCCGACUGCCACCGCCGUGACUGCAACGUUGCUAUGUAUUGGCCCCAUGGCGCGCCAAACGUCUACUCGCUCUCGAAGCUUCCCUGCCCGCCCAACGCGCUCACGCACUCUGACGACGGUGCCAAAGACGAUUCCAGUAGAGCUUCCACCUCGACUCCUAGCAAUGCCUCGCAGGAGCGAAUUCCGCCGGAGCCUGCCCUGAACAGCCCGCCGCACGAGCAGGACGAGUCGGGCACCCAGGAUGUACCGCCAGCGCUGGACGGCGAGAUCAUCGAUGCCAAGAUCUCGCGUGGUGGCAGCGUUUUCGUGACGUUGACGAGGUCCUCCUUGAUGGUAUGGCAGACCAAACCGACAGUCGCUCUGGCCGGUGUGCAACGUUCAGCACAGUCGAUCAAGUCGUACGGAGCUAGCACAGCCCUGCUACUCCGGCCAGAUGCGCUCGUGCUGGUCGUGCAGACUGCUUUAGGACACCUAAUCACGUACUCGCUCGCCACCGAUGCCACUACGCGAGUGUACCAGAUUUCACUCCCAGAAGCGAGUCGACAUCAUAGAAAACAGAGCGCCGAUGGGUACAGCAGCCUGAGGAAACCGAACAGCUCUGCAGCUGGGGCGACUGCAGGAGAAGGCGAGGGGAUACGUGAGGUCAACAUACGAUUCCGGAUGGUCAUCAGGAUCGACGCCGGAAUUAGCAGAGCACUGGCUUUGGAAGACGAGCUCGUCGUAGCAACACAAAAACCUGCUGCUCUGCAAUGCAUCAAGUGGCAGGCCGAGAGUGGCACUUCUCAGACUAGCACUGAGCUCAUUAGCCGUAUGCCAUGGCUCGGUCGAAAAACCGCUAUCACAGAGAUCGUCCAUGAUCGUCCAAUGAACCUCACGUGUUGGAUCACCAACGACGGUCGUACCUAUGCUGUACAGCGCAAGAGCGGGCCGAAUACUGACACAGACAAUCCCAAGAGCCUGUUUCAGGGCUUUUGCUUCCGCGAGCCCGAGACCAAGCAUGAUGAUGCGCUGAAAGUUGCCAUCAAUGCCAGAUUCUCCCUCAUCGCGGUGGGAUGUGCCAAUGGAUAUAUUGACGUGUAUAUUGUCAAAGACUAUACCGGAAACAUACCGCUGUCCCACAAGGUCCGUCUUCCCAUAGGCCCUUCGACCACAGGCAAACUUACAUGCUUGACCUACUCUCCUGAUGGAUACUGCUUAUUUGCCGGAUAUGAACGAGGUUGGGCAACGUGGACAGUCUAUGGAAAACCAUGCGCCAGCACUUUUGGGAUAGAUAGAUCCCAGUCAGAAGCAAACGGCGAACAUUGGCUCCACGGCGUUCGAACGGCCUUUUGGACUGGCGGCGGAUGCGAACUCGCGCUGUUUCCCUUCAUGGACAAUGGCGUCUACAUGCUUGACAUCGCGAGAAACGCCGCGACCGGCUGUCUUACUCCUGCGAACGUGUCCCGAGGCUUGUUGUAUUCGACCGACAGCGUAAUGAUAUACAAGGGUCACGAUGUCUCGGAUGUGACCGCUUUGCCUUCAGAUAUCUCACUCUGGCAGACUGUACAGGUCCCGUCGCAAUAUCUCAUUCAGCAAUGGCCUUUGAAGACAGCGGCAAUCUCCCCUGACGGCAAGUACGUUGCAGUUGCGGGAAGGCGGGGACUGGCGCAUUACAGUGUUGCAAGCGGUCGCUGGCGCACGUUUGAUGAUCUCCAGGCGGAACAAGAGUUCACCGUGCGGGGUGGUAUGUGCUGGCAUCACCAUAUCCUGAUCGUCGCAGUGGAAGCCAACGGCCGCCCUGAAGUACGACUGUAUUCGCGCGAGAAGGCGCUGGAUUACUCCCAUAUUCAACACACGGAGAAGCUUUCUGCAACCGCGAUAUCUACCACCGUCUCGGGAGCCGACUCUUUGCUCGUCUACACAUAUGAUAACACGCUGCUGCAUUAUGUGAUAGUCAUGGGCGGCACCACUCCCAAACUAGUGCAAGUCGGACAAAUUGGUUUCCAUGGCAUCAUCCGCGCACCACCACGCGUGCGGACAAUCAGCUGGGUCCUGCCCGAAGAGCAACUGGAACACGGCGACCCAUCCCAAGACGUUGCGUCAGCGUCAGUCAUCUUCCUCGUGGAUGGGAAACUUGUGCUUCUACAGCCCUCCACAAAUGAGCACGGCGAACUCAAAUACGACAUGCGCGUGAUCGCUCACAAUGUGGAAUAUUUUAUGCUACUGCGUGACUUGCCAUCCGCGGUCACAUCGCUCACUGGAGACGAAUCGAACCCUUCGACGCCUCCCCUCAACGGCCUGUCGCUUGACAAUCCUCUUGGCCACAGCCUGCGGGAUUCACUCUGGUACUUCGACGGCACGGGCUUCCACGUAUGGUCAGACAUCCAGGAAGUGAUGGCUCGAGCACCUGCCGAGCUCGGCCGAGACCUGCCACCUGCCGUGGCAGUGCAGCUUGACUUCUCACCGCUUUCGGCUCUUGUUGGGAAGGGCAUCGUCUCGGGCAUAGAAGCAGACAUCGUUCAGCGCAGGGAUGUCAACUUUAGCUUCUUCCGUCAUGCACCUCGGACCCAACUUUUCCUGCCCCAACUUCUCCGCUAUCACCUGGCGGAGUUCAACUCACCCGCAGCUCUUCACUUAUCGAGCUCAUACCAACAUCUGCCAUACUUCUCACACGCGCUGGAAGUGCUCCUUCACGAUGUAUUGGAUGCUGAAGUGGACAACCCGCCGUCACCACCCGAGACGGCACUUCUGCCGACAGUGCUUUCAUUCCUGUCUUCAUUCGACUCAUACUUGGACGUUGUGUGUAAUUGCACGCGGAAAACCGAACUACGCAGCUGGAAGACGCUUUUCUCGUACCUUCCCCCAGUCAUAGAGCUCUUCGAGCAAUCCUUGUCGCAAGGAAAGUUGAACACUGCCGCCGGCUAUCUGCUGGUCUUACACGCUUUUGAGGAGGAUUCCUUCCAGGUUCAUGAAUUCGCCCAAUUGCUGAAACUCGCCGGCCAACAAAAUGACUGGGAGCUAUGUCGCGAACUGUCCCGCUUCUUAGUGGGCAUUGAUACCUCUGGUGAAACGCUUGCUGCUGCGCUGAGAGAGGCUGGGCUGAGGGAUGGUCCCAAUCGUACUGAGCGCGAACCGAAGAACGUAACGAAGCAACCACGAGCGAAUGGUUUCUUUCGAAACCCCAGUGACUAUUUCUCGAUGGGCCAACGUUUCGAUGACGACAACAACGAAACGUGAUGCUCUUGCCGACACACUAUCGACAUCAACACAGCGAUUCGUGCGCAGAUGGCUGGCGUUUGAUAGACAUUCCAGGUCUAGUCCAAGUCGGAGCAUGCAUGGGCAGCGGGAAACUUCACGAAGUGCUACACCAAAACCCG